AAAACCGAGGUUCCAGCUGAAAUCCCGGCUGAAGAGCCCGAAGUCGCUGAAGAUAUUGAAAGGGCUGAAGAGUCAGAGGUUGCGAUCAAAAAGCCAGCCUCGGAUGAGGUUUUGGCUGAUGCGACUGAGGCCGCUGAUGCAACCGAGACCGUUGAUGCAACCGAGACCGCUGAUGCGACAGAUGCCGCCGAUGUGGUGGAUGCCAUCAUCGAAGAGCCUGUCGAACCAGACUUUGGUAUCACCAAGUACUUUGAACAAAUCGAACGCGCGAGCCUCAUCGCCAACCCAUUCAAGCACACCUACCCGGAAGGCUUUACCGGUCCAGACCCGAAGCUCCUUGAGGGUAACACCGGCAAAUCCUACCGCUACGACCCGGUUUUCCUCUUCCAAUUUCAGGAAGCCGUCAACUUCCAGAUGGACAAGGCGUGGAGAGAAAAGUACUCGCAGUUGAUCGUCAUCCCAGACCGUAGCCAGACGCCGUCGGACCGCUCAUUCUCCAGAAACAACUCGCGCUUCAACCAGCAAGGCGGUCUCCCAAUGAGACACUCCUCGAACAACCUCCGCGGGCAACAGUUUGACCAGGGAUCCAGACAGAACUCGCGCACCAAUUCUAAGCGCAAGCCAAACAACCGCGACAGAUCAUCCAGAACCAACCGUACGGGCUCCAGAAGAGACCGCGACGAUCAGCCGAGGGAGGACGAAAAGCCGGCUGAGCCGGUUAAGCCGUUGGAAAAGACCGCCAACAGAUGGGUGCCAAAGUCUAGGGCUGCCAAGACCGAGGUCAAGUAUGCACCAGACGGGGUCACCGUGUUGUACGAAGGGGCCGAGCUUGCCAGCAAGAUCAAGUCGUACCUCAACAAGUUGACGCUCGAGAAGUUCGACUCGAUCUCGGACGAAAUUCUCGCGGUGGCGAACCAGUCACAAUGGGAAGAGGACGCCUCUUCAUUGAAGCACGUGGUGGAGCUUAUCUUCGCCAAGGCCACCGACGAGCCUCAUUGGUCGUCCAUGUACGCGAAGUUGAUCGCGAAGAUGUGUACCGUGAUCGGCGACGAAGUCAAGGACACGACCGUUGUCAACAGAGAGGGGGCGCCGUUGUCUGGUGGGCAGUUGGCCAGAAAGUGUCUCUUGACCAGAUGCCAGUCUGAGUAUGAGAAGGGCUGGUCCGACAAGCUUCCUACCAACGAGGACGGUACUCCUAUUGAACCAGAACUCAUGUCCGAUGAGUACUACGCGGCUGCGGCCGCCAAGAGAAGAGGCUUGGGGUUGGUCAAGUUCAUCGGUGAGUUGUACAUCCUCGGCUUGUUGUCCGACAAGAUUGUGUUUGUAUGCUUGGACGGGCAGUCCAAGAACGUGGAGGAUCCGUCGGAAGACACGUUGGAGAACCUCGCGCAGUUGCUCCAGACCGUCGGGAAGCGGUUGGAGGCAAACAACAACUUGAACGUGUUGAACACCGUUUUCGACAGAAUCGCGCACAUCAUCGAGCAUGUCAAGAUUCCGUCCAGAAUCAAGUUCAUGUUGAUGGACUUGCAGGACUUGAGAAGAGCCAAAUGGUCUGGGGUUAACGACAACAAGGGGCCAAAGACCAUCGCCGAGAUUCACGACGAUGCCGAGAGAAAGAAGGCCGAAGACGAGAGAGCCAAGGAGAAGAGAAGAAGACAGCCAGACUCCAGACAGAACUCCUCCAGACAGAACUCAUCCUGGGGGGGCAACCGUGUCUCGCUGACCGAGUUGAAGAACUUUGGCGUUGUCAGAAACUCAGAGAGAUCCGGCCCGAUGAAUUCGUUCAACAAGUCCAAAUCCUCUAGAGACAGCAAGCCAAAGGCCGACAAGCACGAGGAGGUUGUCUCUGCCGCGGCCACCCCGGUCGCCACCAGAGAGAACUCCAAGCGUGCGGAGCCGGUUGCGUCCAACAUGUUUGCGGCGUUGUCCAUGGGAGAGGAC